UGGCAGCCGGUCAACGGCAUCGAUCAGGGGCGCUGAUGUGGCGGCGGGAGCGCGGACAGUAGCUCGGACCGAGAAGCGUUUGAUGCCGAAACGUCGCCGCGCUCGUUCACGGUUCGCCGACUCUGCUCCGCCGUCGCGCUCUCCGGACAUAACGCAGGCUUCCCCGGGACAACAACGCUCGACUCCGGGCUGACGCUGACAAACCAUGGCCAUCAGUAGAUCCAAAGCGGCGGUUGCGUUCGUGGUGGCAGGUGUCCUGGCCGUGGUUUUCGGGACGGUGCUUUCUUUCGUGGGACCGAUAGUCAUCGACGACCAGAUAGUGAAGAACACGGUGAUCGACCCAAAGAACGAUCUGUCCUACACCAUGUGGAGGGACAUCCCAGUGCCCUUCUUCAUGUCGGUCUACUUCUUCCACAUCCUCAACCCCAAGGAGAUACUGCAGGGAGAGAAGCCCAUGGUGGAGCAGCGAGGACCCUAUGUGUACAGAAAACGCUGUCAGAAAGACAACAUCACCUUUCAUCACAACGAUACGGUGUCGUACAGGGAGUACAGAAGAUACUACUUCGAGCCUUCCAUGUCUGUGGGGAACGAGUCUGACGUCGUCACGAUUCCAAACAUGUUGGUGCUGGGCGCAGCGGUGAUGAUGGAAAACCUGCCGUUCGCGGUGCGUUUGAUGAUCAGCGCCACCUUCAAGACGUUCAACGAGGGGCCCUUUCUGACCAAGACGGUGGGGGAGCUGAUGUGGGGUUAUGACAGCAAACUGGUCGAUUUCCUCAAUAAGUACCUGCCCGGCAUGCUGCCCGCAACGGGAAAGUUUGGCCUUUUUGCUGAAUUCAACAACUCCAACACUGGUCUGUUCACCAUCUUCACCGGACAAGACGACAUCAGGAAAGUUCAUAAAGUUGAUUCCUGGAACGGCCUGACGGAGCUGAGCUACUGGAGGACUCCUCAGUGUAACAUGAUCAAUGGAACGGCUGGCCAGAUGUGGCCUCCCUUCAUGACGAAAGAGAGCACCUUGCCUUUCUACAGCCCUGACGCCUGCAGAUCUAUGGAGCUCGUUUACCAGCGUCCUGGUGAGUUUAAGGGUAUCCCUCUAUAUCGAUAUGUUGCACCCGAGACCCUGUUCGCCAACGGGACAGAGUACGCCCCCAAUGAAGGUUUCUGCCCCUGUAGACAGUCCGGCCUGCUGAAUGUCAGCAGCUGUCGCCACAACUCUCCAGUCUUCAUCUCUCAUCCUCACUUCUUUAAUGCUGAUCCCGUGCUCCUGGACUAUGUGGAGGGCCUCCGUCCCAAUGAGGAAGAGCAUGGCCUCUUCAUAGACAUCCACCCGCAAACAGGUGUCCCCCUGAACGUGGCCAUCCGUCUGCAACUCAAUCUUUACAUGAAGAGAGUGUCAGGAAUUACAGAGACUGGCAAGAUUUCGGAGGUGGUGAUGCCCAUGAUCUGGUUUGAGGAGAGCGGGUAUAUAGACGGCCCUGUCCUCAACACGUUCCACACAAACCUGGUUGUUCUGCCUGCUGUGAUGGAGUACAUGCAGUACGGCUUCAUAGCACUCGGCCUGGCAACGAUAAUAGUUGCCGCCCUGGUGCAUCAUAAAGUGAAGAGGUCUCAUAGAGAGGCUACCAUAACCUCCACAGUGGUGGAAAACCCCGGGGCCUCCGAUAAAGAGCCGGUAAAAGGCUCACACGGCCACGAAACAAGGGAGAAAUAUGUCAUGAGAAACUCAGAGAAAUAGAGGCGAAGGCGCAGCCACGGGCACUUCGACCGAAGAGAGAGACCCUCUACUACAAGAUGAAAAGGACUGACACACACGCUCACACACACACACACACACACACGGACAAAAACACACCGAGCUGAUGUCGCGGACUCACUGGCGGCCAACAUCGUUCCCAGAGUCAUGAACUGAAACACCGUCACGUGGUGCACCGCUCAGUAUUAUGCUAAUGAAAACUCGUGCACAAGUUUUUCUUCACUGCGAAGUCGAUGAAACUCUCAGCCGAAGACUCGUGUUCACUCUAUGAACUGUGUUUGUGUCGAGGCUCUCGGGUUGAGACGGCUCGUUUCUCGAGGCCGAGCGAGUGGAGGCGCUUCCUACACUGAAAGCCACUUUUUGUACAAAGAACUGCAGCUGUGAACACGCGAAGCCGUUCAGGCUCAGCUCGCUGUCGGGUGACCAUCGCUGUUGCUCGGAAACAUUUUAUAGUUUCAUCACUUCAUCGGGAACAAUAAUAGACAGUUAGCGUGGGGGCUGUCGUUUACUACUACUACUACUACUACUACUACAUUUAAAGAAAUGUUUCCGUAUUGACAACAAGGGAACUAAGAGGCAGGAAAGCUCCGUCUCUGCCCAGCGGCUGCCUGGGGAACAGUAUUUUACCACCAGCGUGCCUUCGUUAAGAGGGACGCAUUUCACCGCCCACUUUACCUGAGCUCCAGGUCCUUUUUUAUUUCAGGGAUUUCAAGGACCACAAAUUGAAUUUGUUGUUGUCAAACAAUCAGUGAGAGCAGCAGAGUGGACGUGCUCCUGUUUGUAUACUACUUUCUUCUGUAAAGCUUUGAAUGUAUUUCUUGAAACUUGAUGUGAACAGAAGCCAUUUGGUGUCGGAUGCCUCGUUGUUAUAAAUGAAUGAACCAAUAAA